AUGCCAGCUGGAAAAAAGAGCAGCCGCAAGGAAACCAGAGCAUCGAAGUCCGGGAUCAAGAAAUCCGUUGGCUCACCCCGGAGAACCAGAAGUUCCACGAUUGCAGCGGCAGCACUGGCCAGUAUUGCACCUACCAGGACAGCAGCAAGGACAACUUUGGAAACCCCGCCGGAAACCCCGAGAGCCACACCCCCCCCUCCCUAUACCCAGCACCAACAACAGCACCAGGCGCCAACGUCAAGCACGGCAUCGAACAACACCAGAUGCUCGGAUACCAUAAACUCCUCCUACACGACCUCGAUCCCCCCGUCCUCAAACCCGGCUAUCAAAGUGGAGGAGACGACAGAAGCGGAGGGGGCCUGCGCACGGAAUGGCGCACAAAACGACGAGCGCCAGCCCACGGUAAACUGGGAUUGUGUAUCGUACGUAGUCUCGGACCAGAAAGUGCACACUUCCUACGAGAAACCAGAGAUGGCUCCUCCGGUGGUGGACACGCGUACGGGGAAGGCUACAACCCGCGUCGCAUCGUAUGGCAAAAUGGUUACGAAAACCGUAACGAUGACAGUCACCACCACCAUCGCGACCACCGAGAUACUGCGCCCGGGCGAGGAGGGAUACGAGGAGUCUCUGGAGCGGCAGAAGCGGCAACAGGACCAGUCGCCCGAGGAGCGGGAGAGGCAGCAGCGCAAGUAUCACCAGAGCCGCCAAUGGGCCAGCGGCGAUCGAACCCUGCACGAGAAUUUUCACUGCAAGCACCAUCGUUCCGCACAGCCCGCGCGCGCAAACGUGUAAAUAUAUCUCAAUUUUUCGCAUUUUCUUCUACCAUGUCUUGUUCUAUUUUUUCUUCCUCUUGGUCGUCUACUUUUAUGUUUUCUCACUCUUCGUAUUCUUGGUUGUUUGGGUUUAGAGGCGACUUGGGCUUUGGCAAGGGCGAUAUCAGGCGGGGCAGGCGGAGGGGGAAGAGGAAAGUUAUCCGGAAGGUAUCUGAAUUCGCGGACUGUGACCUCCCCCGGUUCAUUUGGAACCCCCCCCCCCCACCACCACUGGACUUGGAUGAUUCCUACAGGGUAGGGUUGAGUAUUAGCCGGAUGGAUCUCCCCAUUUAGCUAUAUUCGAUCAUCUGCGCUCCAAUCCUAUGGAGAGGACCAUAUGGAGGACCACCACCACCAGCGCCCGCCCCAGGAGGAUCCUUCCCUAGGACGAGGAGGCCGUUCUACCAGUAGCAUUACCACUCGGAUCCGUGGGCAGCGAUCUCUUUCUUUCUAUUAUUCCUAUCAUGAAGACUGCUCAUGUUAUUGUUUCUACUACGCUCGUUCUAUUUUUUCCUUUGUUUUGUUGUUACUUUUCAUUUGGAGAGGGG